GGUGGCUGUAAUGCACCUAUACGAUGAUUUGCCACCCGCCGACAAAACACCAACGAAGAAGAAGAAGAAGUAGCGGGAAUUUUUCCGUAAAGAAAGAAACGACCGGGGAGUUUGUGUUCAGUCGAAGCAGCGUGUCGCCAUGACGCAGAGAAAGAGGCUGUCCGCCACACAGAGCUCCUCUCAGAGCGCAAGACAACCUGGCAGCUUAGUGGCUCAGGAAGAGGAUGAUGAUCCAACCUUCACUCAGCCAAGUACGUCACAGGUCCAGAGAGGACUGGAGAAGCUCACCUCUGCACAGGUCGACCAAAAGACAGCUGAGGUGGUGCAGUACUUCUUGGUGAAGGACCAAAAGAAGAUCCCCAUCCGCCGAGCAGACCUUGUGAAACACGUGGUGAAAGACUACAGAAACAUCUACCCUGAGAUCAUGAAGAGGGCGGUACGGACUUUUGACCAGGUAUUUGGCCUUAAAGUGGUUGAAAUUGACACCAAAAAUCACACGUACAUACUCGUCAAUAAGUUGGAGGCGGUUGAGGGAGCCUCAUCAAUCAAUAGUCCUACCAACCCAAAGAUGGGUCUGCUGUUUGUCAUCCUGAGUGUCAUUUUCAUGAAAGGAGGUGUUGUCAGAGAAGGCCUCAUCUGGAAUACUCUCAAGAAACUCCGUGUUGACCCCGGAGAGAAACAUGAAGAGUUUGGUGACGUGAAGAGGGUCGUCACUGAUGAGUUUGUGCGUCAAAGGUACUUGGAGUAUGUGCGAAUCCCUCACACAGAGCCAGCUGAGCAUGAAUUUCGCUGGGGUCAACGUGCUGACAUGGAGGUAUCAAAAGCCAAAAUCCUCGAGUUCAUGGGUCAACUUCAUGAACAGGACCCUCAGAACUGGAGUCAGCAGUAUAGAGAAGCCCACUCCUCCCAGGCCAGCACCAGCAGCCAGAGAUAACUGUCCUAGUAUUGCAAUUUGUUUUGCCUCAUUUUUUUUCCUAAUUUAUUCUGAAAGAAACCGUUAAGAUAAACUGUAUCAGUGCCACGUUUACUUUUUGAAUGCGUUGAAUAUUUGUGUCAUUGUGUAGACUGAUGUACUGUUACAAUAUAAAACAAUAUAAAACUAAUGCAGGUCAUAUUAUAUAUAUAUAUAUUUGUAUAUUCAUGCUUUGUAUAGACUUCAUUAUUUGGUCUUUCAGCCUCAGAUUAAUAACAUUUCAUAUCACAAAGACAAUUGAUCAGGUAUCCAUUUUCAUUUUAUUGCCUCGACUUUAAGGUAAUAAUUAUUUGUUCAAGUUUCAGAAAAUAAAAUCAUCUUUUAUAACAGAUUCAACAUCAA